AUGAAAGGAUCUCGUUUUGGCUACCUUAUCGUCAGUGACAGCGACGAGGAUAGCGAUGACGUGAAAGCAGUGGAUCGUCGAGAACUGCUUAGUGGCGGCGCCCCUGUUCCUAGGGUCGAUCCUCAAACAAAGAACUCAAUCACUCCUGAUGCGCACCUAAGCGCACCAGGUAAGGAACAUGGCCUGGACACCGCACAGCUCACACGAAACCUCGGGAAUAACCAUGGUGAUUUUGUAAAUAAGACAGCCCAUGCUUCCAACCCAUCACCAAUGGAAUCUCGGUCAAAUCGUUAUGUCCUUAAUAGCACAGAACGUGGGCAGGUUGGUGAAGCCACAGACGCAUUAACUUCGGCGGUAGGCCGCGUUGACGACCAUUUUCCUUUGGUAGCAUCAGAGCACGUUUGUGAGGAUCCAGUUCCUCAAAGAAUACCAUCAAGUGUUUUGACAAAAAAUGACUCACCACGAGACUUACCCAGAGCCGGCAACGUCGAAUCAGGAGUUCAAAUCGAAAACCAGGCAAAUCUUUCAGGACAGACUGUUAAAGGGGACGAAAGCCGUGAUCAUGCAGGGUCCUUGGGCAUAUUCAACUAUACGGAAGGCAAGCGUUUCAACCUCUUUAGAACUCCUAUUGCGUUGCCUCCAGAAAAACUCUCGAAACGCGCUCAGCAGGCAGCUUUCAAACAUUCCAUACCUCCAGAUUCUUUUGAUAAAGAAAUGCUAAUCGCCCCAGAAAUUCCGUUACCUAUUAAAAGUCAAGUGCCAAGAGCCUGGCAAAACUUGGACGCUUUAGAUAUCCCUUCCAUCGCGUCGCGUGCCAUCAAUGGGAGUUCUGGACCCUCCAUGCAAAAUCCCCCUCAAUUUUCAUCUCCCUCUCCAAUUGGCAAUCUAACCGAGGAUGCUAUUGCCGAGCGGAGGGAAAUUUUUUCGUCACAGCGACGACCCGUAAUUCCGUCCCCCUCUGUACUCAAGACGGAAUCAUCUCAUUAUGAUCUUGACGAUGAGGGUAAUAUGGUGCUCAUCGUCCCGGAGUGCGUGCGCAGAGUUGUCAAUUCGGAUGGAGACACAAGUUGGGUCAUUAUUUCAAAACACCUCGAAAAUGCUUCCCCUUCGAUGCGCAAGGUAGGUUCUCCGCCGAGCCGUCUCUCUCGACGUGCAGAAAAAAUUAUGGGACUAAGGGAUGAUGUGAAAGCAGAGGCACCGGAGGAUAUCGUUGAGGAAACUGCACCGGAUGAUGACCAUGAAGUAAGUAUACCAGAGGAUGGCAUAGAAGUGAAAGCAGCGGAGGAUAUCAUUGAAGAAGAUGCACCGGAAGAUUUCCAUGAAGUGAGUGUACCCAUGGAGGCAAUAUGUGGGAAGUCCCCCACAAGUGGGCCCCCGAGACGCCAAACCUUCAUUUUCCCCAGUGAGUACUACUUUAGCAACAUAUGUUUCCAGAAACACAUUGAGAGCACCAUGACCACCAAUAAGAGCUGGUCAAAACACCCUUAUGAUCAUCAAGUCUUAUGCCGAUGCGCGUGGGGUGCUCUGAUGACUGACAAUACCCAUCGUGAAACGGAAAAAAUGGUACGUAUUCUGCAGCCUAUCCAAACUGGACCUCUCGCCGACGUAGGCAAUGGGUGUGAAUGUAUAAUUUACGCUAAUAAAGGAAAUGAUAAGGUGACCGAGCUGCUAUGUAGCCCAGAGGGGGUUAAGGAAGCGUUCGGGAGGUAUUUAAACAUGCAGCCCAUGCAGCUUGACAACACGAAGCUUGUAAAAGUUGCCAAUGUGCUGGCGGGUUCUCCUUAUUACCUGCAAUAUCGAUCCUUACUGUCCAGGCCAGUGGAUGGGGUUAGGAUGACCAACACAUUGGGCGAUACCGUCAGGUUGGUGGGUGAAUUACCUUGCACUGUCGAGCCAUUGCGCGAAAAUGAUCUCUCUGGUGGCGCUGCCAAAUCACUGUCAGCACGAGUAAUGCGAGUCUGUGGUGGCCUCAUCUCUGGGUUGCCUUUGCGUGACAACGACGGUAGUGUUCUAGAUGUGAGGCGCUACGAGCUAUUUCUAUUCUUGCCAGAUAGUGCCUGCCCCACUGCCUACAGUUGUGGACCAGGGUGUCCUACCUUGGGUCAGCUCACCUCGCCACCUAUCUCAUCGUUUCCUUUAACUCCACGCAUCAUUAGUGACCCUAUGGAGUUGAGCGCCUGCAAGGAAUCUUUGAGAGUUUUAAAUAUUUUUGAGAACAUUCCACAUUGGGAACAAGGCGAUUGGGUAUCUUUAGAUGCCGUUUCUGAUGGUAUAGCGAAGGGAAUGCAGUUUCUUACGCUGACACUGGCCACAUUAAACACUCGCAAGAAGUAUACCAUUGAUUUAACUCUCAUAAUUCUUCCAUAUCGAACCUGCUGUAAAAGUGGUGAUGAUAAAGUUCUGGCAGAGCUACCACCCGUUUCUCCUGACUCCAUCCUGAAGGGCUUUCGGAUGAGAGCUAUUUCAUUAUCCUUUUCGACGAAAAGCGCCUUUAUGAGUGCGUACAUGUCACUUCUCUGGGCCACUGAGUGCAAUGUCAAUCUUACACGUCCUUCUGAGAGGGACUGCGACAGAAGCAACAAGGGCACAACGCUGCCUCUACGUGUAAGCGCGACGACAUCUCCGCUAAUACCGUGGUCGUCUUCAUUUCAAAAGGUAGAUCCUUCCGUGGAGUCUUCCGGUAUUUACCGAGGCCACUGUAUGAACUUCGCCGCUGUCGCACUUACAACUUCUCUAGGCGAUGAGCAGCCGGAUGUCUUAAAGGGUUGUGAUGUUUUAAAACUCGAUGAUCUCUUUAUAGAAAAAUACACGAGUGGAGAAGAUCCAACGAAAGGGAGAAAAGUCAAUGAUAGCAGGUGGGGAGCCGGCGCGCUCAGCGAGACUUUUACUUUUGAUACCAAUUCAGUAUUUCUACAGCGACAUUGCAGAGCUUUCAUGGAGAGUAGAUGCUUUGGUGGAACUGAGGGUGAUGAGCAGGACGCUAUUGUGGGUUAUACCCCUUUUGGUAUUGUAUACCGUGCACUAAACCAGAAAACGCAGGAAAUGUUCGACGUGCAAGUGGUCCCUCGGCGGUAUGUCUAUAUGGGACUUGGUUCCGAAGCGACUUCGUACGUAGACGCGACUGGGCAGGUUGAUGAGUCAAACCUUCAAGAUACGGUUGCCAUCCUUUUGUUGAAGUAUACCUCACGCUUACCGUUUCAGCCUCGCAUCUAUGAUAUCUACUCGGAUAAUGAGUGUUAUUACAUCCUUCAAGAACCAUGGUUGUCGAUUCUUGCGGUGGAACAGUCCAUAAAGGGUGCUGAACAUCGUAAAAUCAUUGAAUGCCAUGCUUUGCUGAAGCAGGCUCAUUACCACACUUCGGUUAUUUCAUUAAAAGAUUUUAUACACGCUAUCUUAAACCCACUGCACAGUAGUGGCCGCCAAGCUUUGGAUGCGAUGGAAGCACGACUUCAAAUCGUGCGGCUUCUUAUUGUACAGUUGCUUCUUCUUAUUGCAGCUCUUCACGGCAAAGGCAUCCUUCUUGGUCCCUGCUCUACGCACCGUGUUCUUGUCCAAAUCAAUGCGCCGACGUUUGACGCUAUGAAACGAGGGGAUUCCUGCCCUGACGACAAUUCCUCUCCGGGGACUUUCAGUUCCAGCCGAAGAUGCAUCACCAGCAAGAGCUUAUCGCUUUUCGUCCCCGGCAUUGGUGUGCACACCGCUGCCUGGACUUAUGAGCGACAACAGUGCGGCGUACUGGAGUAUGUUCCACCAAUGUACGUUUUUGAGGCUAUGGCCAGUGAUGAAAUUGGCAUGGAAGGUCGUGCGUGGACCAUGCAGGAUGACUGGUGGUCGCUCCUUUCUAUUUCUUUUGAACUGCUCGCUUCCGAUGGCAGUACACUCGUGUGUCCAGGAAUGAAAGGGGCUGAAUCCUUGCCUCUUGCACCCACAUCACUUAAUAGCAAAUUUGUUUCAUCAGAUCAUAUCCUUGAUCUUUGGAAGGGUGUCCUCACAAACCAGGAGAUCAGCGCUCACCCUACUUCUGAGGCCAUUAGUGCUCGGAUUCGUAACUACGUGCAAUGUCGAGUGCUAGAGUCUGUAGCUCCUGGGCUGGAUAGUUGGUUGGCAUGCAAGGUGGAAGAAACAAAACAUGUAAAAGCUGCAGAUAUGGGGCCUAAUGAAACAGGGAGCCGUAUAGGCGCCGUUCUGGCAUCGGGGGGUGUUGGAGAGAGCAUAGAUACUUCCGAUGAGACCUUAUUAAAUCCAGAGGAGACCAAAAUUGAGAAUGCAGCAACGUGUCUCCCUCUAAUAGAUGUUGUAAGUGGCAUACCAUGGAUCAUUUUCUAUCGUGAUUGGUUUGAUACAGUUAUGGACAUAGCUCUUCCUUCCCUUAGCAAUUCUAAGUGUGUUGUGCAUGGACCGCUGUUGUACCUUUUAUCACACCCGUUCCUAGGCGCGAUGGAUGUAGGUGCAGUGUUUGAUGGUAACUACAGAUUGCCACAUGCGGCUGAGGAAUUCUUUCACAAGCAUAUGAGUAAGGCUAAGCUACGCCAGGCGCUUUUCUUAUACCGCACACAUUCCCACCGGCCGUCUAUCACGAAUUGUCGAAAUGGGAUACAUGCACAACCGAGACCAGAGGAUGGAAUUGACACUAGCAGCUUACCAACAACACUGCGUCCGCCUUCCCUCCAACGCUCAACAGACAGAAAGGUGAGUGCGGAUAAUAUGACGAACUCGUCCUCUCCGUCUGAACUUUUAUCGUCUCGAGUACAGUUGUCACAGAGAGUCCGGCGAAGUUUACUGCAGUCAUUAUAUGCCUCUGAUGAGAUUACUUCUAUCGACUGGUUAGAGAGGGAGGUGGAUAGUGCCCUGCACCCUCGUGCAGACAAAAAGACGGCGGAUGCCCCACCUCAUAAUGGGCGGGCUCUUACUAGUAGCGGCGUCCAGUAUGACCCAAAGGAGAGUGGUGCCUUUAGUAGUAAUUCAAAUAGUACAAGUAAGCCCUUGAAGCAGUCAAACACCACCCUGUCUCAGACCGAAUGCAUGCAGCAUCUCAGUGGUGCUCAGCGUAAUGGUUACACAGGUAGGACGUAUUCUACGACUACCCGUCCGUCGAACUACAAACAAAACGGAAACACCUUGCUUGAUGGAGUGGCGAUGAACUCCUGCCAUUCGUUGUGCAAGACUCCUAAAGGAAAGGAACUCAGCACGAACCCUCUAAAAACGGAAACCGUGAAAGCUCACGGCUUAGCAGCACAGCCUUAUAAGGAACCGCAGCGCGUUAGACAACCCGAAAAGUUAUUUUCAAGUCAGGAAGAUACCGCCAAUCAGAAUGUACAGCGUGUACCACCGGAAAGCUACACUCUGAGAGCGAACGGUUGGAACGUGGAUCCCUUUAAAGCGAGGAGCAAGAGUAAUGCGUAUUUCCCUGAUAGAGCCACCGGUUCUGCCGCUACUUAUAGCACGAGCCAGCAAAAUACCGAGUGGAAAGUCUCAGACUACCGGAUGCCGCUUAACAGUACCCCAAUGACGUCUGUUUCGAAGACCGAGCGGAUAGCCGGAAGUCUUAAGGGCCACUCGCUAAAAAAUGAGUCUCAAGAUGACGGGUUCACGGUUCUCGUUCCUUCGGAUAGUGAUGAUAUGAGCGAAAAUACACCGGUGCUAUAUAAUAAAGGCCCACAUUGUCAUCAUUACACAAGUGAGUUUAAUAGAAGAUACUCUCGCUGA